GCCCAUACACUUCCUCUUCCCCCGCUUCCAUCCAUCUCUGGUUUGGUUUCAAUUUCAUUCUCAAUUUCUUCAUAAAGAGGGAGUGAUUCGGAGAGCGGUAGAGAGAGAGAUGGGGCUGGAAAUUGUGGAGCCAAACACUUGCAUUAGGGGCUGCUGCACCAGCAAGUCCAUCCCUCUCCACCUCCCUCCUUCUUAUACUCUCCUCUCCCCUAUCGCCAAAGGGGCGGAGAGCGUGGUGUACGAAGCUAAUUUGGAUGGAAGAAAGGUUGCUGCCAAGAAACCUGUAUUGUCUACUUCUGAGGACUUGGAUAAAUUCCAUAAGGAGUUGCAGCUCUUGUGCAAGUUAGAUCAUCCUGGGAUAUCCAAACUGAUUGCAGCACAUGCUAAGCCACCCAAUUACAUGUUUUUCUUUGAAUUGUAUGAGUCUGGGAGUCUUGCGGACAAGUUACAUUUGGAAGAAUGGAACCCAAAUAUUGAUCAAGUGCUCACUAUCACAGUCCAACUUGCAAAGGCUUUGCAAUAUCUGCAUAACCUGGGGAUUGUUCAUAGGGAUGUGAAACCAGCAAAUGUUCUUCUUGGCAAAAACCUUUCUCCACACCUAUCUGACUUUGGUUUGGCAGCAUACAAGAAGGAUCUCAAGGAUGUUUCUAUUGAGAAUUGGAGAUCAUCAGGCAAGCCAACUGGCGGUUUCCACAAGAAGAAUAUGGUUGGGACUCUUAUUUAUAUGGCACCUGAAAUAUUGAAGAAGGAGAUCCAUAGCGAAAAAUCAGAUGUCUACAGUUUUGGGAUAUUAUUCAAUGAGCUUCUUACUGGUGUUGUUCCAUAUACAGAUCUUCGUGCAGAGGCUCAGGCCCACACCGUUCUAGAGAUGAACUACUCUGAGCAACAACUUACUGCAGCUGUGGUGUCAGGUGGACUACGACCCGUUCUUGCUAGUCUCGAGUCAGGUGUGCCAGCAAGUAUACUGUCGUUGAUACAGCGGUGUUGGGAUUCGAAACCUCAAAACAGACCGUCUUUUAGUGAUAUACUUUUAGAACUCGGCCCAAUUAUAGAAUCUAGAACUAGUGCAAAGGAAGAAGAAUUGGCUACCAUUGAAUCACCUAGUUUUCAUGGUGAUAAAUGCACAAAUAGCGGUAACAAUAUGUGGACUUAUCAGGAGAAAAUAAACUGGUACACCCGGGGAGAACAUCUGUCUACCAGAACUUCUCUUGCAUCUAAUUGUGGUUUCAGACUUUGGCUUGAAUCUUUAAAUGAUCCUCUAGCUUACCAUCCUGUUCUUACCUGGGGUUCCUUCGCAACAUGCGGCAAAAGGGAAGCUAUGGAGGACACGCAUUUCCUUAUGCCUCAUUUCAGCAGUGAAGAGGAAGUUCAUGUUUUUGGUGUCUUUGAUGGUCAUAGAGGCGUAGCAGCUGCUGAGUUUUCAGCUCGAGCUUUGCCAGGAUUCCUACAUAAUUUAGGAUCUAUUAACAGUCCUGCUGAUGCAUUAGUGGAAGCAUUUGUUAGAACAGAUGCUGCAUUCAGAAACGAAUUGGAAUCUCAUUGCAAAUCCAAGAGACUUAAGCAGAAAGACUGGCAUCCUGGUUGUACUGCCAUUGCUGCUCUGAUUGUUAGAAACAAGCUUCUCGUUGCUAAUGCUGGUGAUUGCAGGACGAUUUUAUGUCGGGCUGGCCAACCAUUUGCUCUUAGUAGGGACCAUGUUGCUAGCUGUCUUGAGGAGAGGGACCGUGUAGUUAGUAUGGGGGGAGAAGUUAAAUGGCAGUUGGAUACAUGGAGAGUUGGUCUUGCUGCACUCCAGGUUACUCGGUCCAUUGGUGAUGAUGAUCUGAAGCCUGCUGUGACAGCAGAACCUGAAAUAACUGAAACUUUGCUAUCAGCAGAGGAUGAAUUCCUGGUAAUGGCCAGUGAUGGGCUCUGGGACGUGGUAAGCAAUGCCGAGGUUGUGAGCAUAAUCAAGGACACUGUCAAAGAACCUGGAAUGUGUUCCAAGAGAUUGGCAACGGAAGCUGCAGCACGUGGCAGCAAAGAUAACAUAACAGUCAUUGUCGUCUUCCUUCGUCCAGUAUCUACAGCAGAAAGAAUUUAUUGAGUUAGAUGAUUGUCUUGCAGCUCUGAAUAAGGGGGUGAAGCAUUUAUAGAAUUAUUAGUAUUGGUUACCAUUGUUUCAAUAUUACAUUAUCAUUUGCUUACCAUUUGGAAUCGUGAAAACAGAUUAUUCAAUUUUUGAGUUAAAAUUUCAAAUCA